GGCCCUUCUCCUCUCCUAGGCCGCGAGGAUCCCCGGGGGUUGGGCCAGCCCGGCCCUGAGGACGUUCUGGGGCUUUGCACACUGCGGGAAACUACCUGAAACAGCUUCAACCCACCCUAUUCAGAGGAUGCUGUUGAUGCUGAAAAGGCAAAACAAUUGCCCUACAGAGUUUCCCAAAUACAGUUCUGGUCUACUUUCUACCUAAAUGAUUCUCAGCCCAACUUGUUUUGCCUGUCAACAAUAUCUAUUUCAGAACCUCCAAAAUAUUAUAGGGCUUUACAUAAUCAACACAUAUUAUCCACAAAGAGGAGCAUCAGAGGACCUCACUACACGUUAUCCAUUCCACUUAUACCCUGUACAAGAUAUCUUCCACGAAACUGAAGUAUACUUUUGGAAUACCUUGGAGGCGACGGUGUUAGCCAUGGAGUCCAGACAGAGUGAAAGCGGUGCCAGGGGUGAAGAAGUGAAGAAAGAGGGACACUUAGUCUCCGAGGCCAAAGUCCACUUUAAAGUGACCCGGUUCAUCAUGGAGGCAGGUGUCAAGCUGGGUAUGCAGUCCAUUCCAAUUGCCACAGCCUGUACCAUUUACCAUAAAUUUUUCUGCGAGACUAAAUUAGAUGCGUAUGACCCUUACCUCAUAGCCAUGUCUGCCAUUUACUUGGCAGGGAAGGUGGAGGAGCAACACCUCAGGACUAGAGACAUCAUCAAUGUCUCUCACAGGUACCUAAACCCCAAGAGCGAACCUUUGGAGUUGGACUCCUGGUUCUGGGAGCUGAGAGACAGCAUCGUUCAGUGUGAAUUGCUCAUGCUGAGAGUUUUGCAUUUCCGUGUCUCCUUCCAGCACCCCCACAAAUACCUGCUCCACUACCUUAUUUCUUUAAAGAACUGGAUGAACCGCCACAGCUGGGAGAGGACACCUCUCUCCCUGGUAGCCUGGGCACUGCUGCGGGACAGCUACCAUGGAGUGCUGUGCCUUCGCUACCCAGCCCCACACAUAGCUGUGGCAGUGCUCUAUCUUGCCUUGCAGUGCUAUGGAGUGGAGGUGCCUGCCGAUUCUGAGGCAGAAAAGCCAUGGUGGCAGGUCUUUAGUGAAGACCUUACCAAGCCAGUCAUUGAUAAUAUUGUGUCUGACCUAAUUCAGAUUUACACAAUGGACACAGAAAUCCCUUAAUGGUCCUCAGGCCACCCAGAGAGAAACAGACAUUUGCUUUUUCUAAGGACUGGAUUUGACCCACCAAAAUAGGUCCUGACUUCAAAAAGUUGAUAUCAAGAUUGGUCACAGGGAACAGUUUUGUAUUAGCAAACAGAGAACUAAACUUGGGUUGCUUUCUGAUGGUUCUUUGGUAUUCGUGUAGUUGGUAUAGUGGAUUGGGGAGGAUAGACAUUCCCUCUGAGCAGGUUUGGAGUUUAUUAUGUUUAGACAUGAAUAGGUCCAUGUUGAAGGAAUGCACUAUGUUCAGUUGCCUUUUUGCACCUUAGGACUUUUUUGAAGAUGAACCUUUUGAAUCUGAUUUAGAUUAUAUUUAAGCAUCUCUUCAUUAUAAGAAAAACCAAAAUAGAAUACUUGAUUGUACCUUUUGGAGAUAUAUUUCCAAGCCAGACAUAAGCUUAACCUUUAAAUAUAAAUGGAAGAGUAUUUUAUUUCUUGUAAUAAAAGAUAAAAAGCAUAAAGAUGUGAGAGCAGAUAUAUAGUUUAAGAGCUUUUGAUGUUCUGUGGACCAUAUUGGGGAUAGGAAGAUGAUAUUAGCCAUUUUUUUUCCGUUUUGUGUUAUCUUCCCCUCUCUGAAAUAUAAAAUAUGAGCAUCUUUUCAACACAAAUGUUCUCCCAGAAAUCUUAUGUCAAAAUCUUGGAAAGCCAAGAUCUCUGAAAAAUCAAAACUUUCCAGUAAAUCCAAAGCCAAAUGAGCACUUAGGUAAAAAUAUGCCUAUAUUCAUCUAUGUAUAAAAAAUGGUAUAAAAUAGAAAACUAUGGAUGGACCAGCCAUGUGGUAAGCAUCAGGGAGUAACAGAAAGAGUAAGUGAUGGACUGGUAUCCACAAAAUGUAAAAAAUCUGAGAAAUGCUUCUAGCAAACCUGGUAGCUGUAUGGAGAAUAUCUAUGAGAGAAUUGAGGGGAAAAUAAUAGGAAAGGAUAGGAGAGAUGGGUCACUGUCAAUCCAAUAGAGGGAACAACUUCAUGGAUGAGAUCGUAGAUUAAAUGAAGUGUUGGGAGAUAGAAAAACACUUUUAUAGUUAAGAAAGCAGGGCCAUAUUGCAAACAGUUGGCCAAAAGAAACACCUUUUCUCAAGAUUUUCACUUCUGUCAUUUCCAAAAUAAAAUUGCUAUUUCUAUAUUAAUCUUGUUUGUUGGUUCCCUAAUAAAAUUAUUUUUUUUCAUGUUUCUA